AUGGCACAGUUGAAGGCGAGUGGCCGGUGCUGCAUUUACUCGACGACGCUCGUGUUGCUGGUGUUCCUGCAGCAGGUGUACACCUUCUGCCCGUCGAUAUGCACGUGCGAGGGUGAUCCGAACGUGCGAACUUGGUGUGUUGGGGCCGGCCUGGACGUGGUACCGAUUCAGCUCAACCCGGACGUACGGUACAUCAAUCUCACCGCAAACCGCAUAACAAACGUGCACUUUACGCUCACGUUUUACUACAAACUUGAGGUGCUCGAUCUGGCCGGGAACCGCAUCGAAGCGCUUGGUUCGCGCAACUUCGACACACAGCAGGCACUGAGGACGCUCAAUCUGAGUGAUAACGCGAUCGCGGCCAUCCCGAAAGACGCCUUCCGCGGGUUGCAGAGGUUGCAAACGCUCAAGCUGUGCGGGAAUCGUAUCGAAACGGUCCAUCCGGCCGCGUUCCAUGAUCUGCGAAAUCUUAUCGAGCUUGAUCUGAGUGGGAACGCGCUCACGAGCCUCGAACCGGGCACGCUGCGGCAUCUGUACUCGCUCGAGGUGCUGUCGUUCCAGAACAACCAGCUGCUUGAGGUGCCGUACGAGCGCAACCUCGAACACCUGGACAAGCGGCUUCAGCUGCUCGAUCUGUCCGUUAACCUGCUGGAGUACAUCGCGAACGAUAGCUUCGUGGCGUUGCGUGAGCUCCGCACGCUCAAGCUCGGUGGGAACAUCCUGACCGAGCUUGAUUAUGGAGCUUUUCACGGGCUCAGUGGGCUGCGGGCGCUUGACGUCGUCGACAAUAAUCUAACAGUUGUGCCAACGCUGCAAUUAUCAAAACUGUGUAAUUUAACGUAUUUAUCACUGAGCGGCAACUACUUCGAGAGCGUACCGGCGGUGGCGUUCCUGAGCCUGUUCCAGCUCCAGCAGCUUCACCUCGACCGGUUGGACCGGCUGCAACGGAUCGAUGCGAGGGCGUUCGUGGACAACGCGAACCUGCGGAUUCUCACCCUGGACGAUAAUCCGUCAUUCGCGAGCUUACCGUUGCGGCUGUUCCACAGCACACCGAACCUGGUCGAGGUUUCGAUGCGCCGGAACGCGCUUGUCCGGCUCGACGCGGUCCACUUCCCGCUGGAUCGGCUACAUCGGCUUGAGCUGGGUGGCAACCCGCUCGUGUGCAACUGUUCGCUUCUGUGGCUGUGGCGGCUCGCGACCGGUUACGGUUUGCAUGAGGCCGACUUCCGGUUGAUCGUCCCGGCGGCAGCAGCGGCUGCCGCUCUCAUCACAGCGGCACAACCCGCCCCGGAAGGAGACGGAAGCUCACGAGUGCCGCUUCACGGUGGUUUUCCACUGUACGUCGAUCGGGACGAAAUCGGGUGUGACCGGUAUGAGGAUGGCCGGCGAACGCGGCACCUGCUGCGGGCCAUGACCGAGAGCGACAUCGACUGCCCAACGCACCUUGUCACGGUGGUCAGCGCGGUGCUGAGUAUCCUGCUCGUCCUGGCAACCGGUGCGAGUGUGCUGUACGUGUUGCGGCUAUCCAGGCGCCGCAAGCAGCUGCUUGCUGAUGAGGACGACCCGCGGAGCAGGUCCGUCGGUGUGACCGAACUGAUCGUGCCACAUCCACAGAAGGUGGACAAGCUCGAACUGGAGCGGUAUCUUGCCCAACAACAAUCCCUCGUGCACGAAUACCGAGCGCUUCGGGCACCGUGGGAGUUACCGCUUCCGGUUAAGGAGGACCUCAAGUAUGGUAGUGUGGCCGCAACUGGACGGGAGCUGGCUAACGGAUCGGCACCCACGGACCACUACGAGACGCUUGACUAUUACCAGCAUCAACACCAGCAGCAACAACAGCAACAGCAGCAGCAACAGAACCAAAAGCGAACGCUCUCCCGUCCACAUAUCGUUUUCGUAUGACUUUAGACCGGCCGACGUCACCGCGGGUACUGCACUGGACGGCGGAGUACGAGUAGUGUCACGCCGCUGUUGGAGUUCGAGAGCGCCGUCUGAAGUUCCCACAAUCGCAUUUCCAGCCGUUCGGCAGACGAGAGAGAAAAAAAAGUCGGAGACCGGAAAUCCUGCUUCUCAUCCCUCCCUGGAGGAGGGUGAAAACGGUAAGUCUAAUCGCCCCGCGGAGCGUAGUUUUGUAUAAAAUUCGCGCCUUCCGCAUACGGUUGCACACGGAAGCUGCCAAAAGACGCAUCCGUAAAGGGAAAGGACGAAGAGCACGCCCUCACAUCCGUUGCGUGCGCGCAACCGACGAUAUACGUACAAGUGGAUUAGGCGCUUUCUGGCAGGCGCAUCGGACGGGACUGUUUAGGAGGGAACGAGAAGGAUUUAACAGACAGAAAAAAAAACGUAACAAAAGUCUCAGCAGCAACACAACAUCACAAAAAAAUGAUAAUCCAUCAGGAGGUUGGGCCGCGAAAAAUGCACCUAGAGAAAAAGGAACCCGGUCCUCUAAUGUAACGUAAUAUGAAAAGGAGCAAGGCACAGCGAUAGAGAGAGAGAGAGAGCGUGGGCUUGGGCAACGGACGGGACACAAAUGAAGAUUGAAGUGCGGUGACAGGUGACGUCGGAAAACGAUGAUGGCCGGUGAGCGGAAGCGACCAGGAUCCUCACCCACCCACCCAACCGGGUUGAGAGCUGGCAACUAAACAGCUGCCAGCGAACCACCCGGUGGUGGGCUUGACGAUUCGGGUUUAGAUUAUGCAAAAAUGUGUAAAUUAAACGUGGUAUGGAGGAACGCACGAGGCUGCCAGUAAAGCGCUCGGGACGGUAACAACAACCAAACGAAAGAAAAAAAUGAGGAAAACAUUAUAUUAAUGGUUAGCAGGGAAUGGAGUUGUCGGCGGUCGUACACCGACAGGCCGGUAGAGAUGGUACACGCGAGUACGUCAGGAGAGAUUUUCAUAAUACGACUCGGUAGAAGGGAAAUAGCUCGCUCGAGAAAGCAAAUGCAACGAGAAGCGGCAAACUUUUACUCGCGGCAUUACACUCGAAUGGGGAGCCAACAGAAAAGUCAUGAAAUGUGAGCUUCUCGGGAACCUCACGGGGUGGGAAAACUUGUGAAUAGAGUGGCACACGGAGCGAAGAAACGAGCCAGUGAAUUUAUAUACAUACGCAUAGAUGUAAACAUGCUAAUACGUGAUACGCGAGGUGCGCUUCUGCGUGCGAAUUGCCGAGAAAAAGAG